AUGGUUGGCAUCGCAGCACACGAACUGAGGCAGAAAGCCCCCGCGGCUCUGCAGAAACAGCUGGAGGAUCUUAAGAAAGAGCUUUCUCAGCUUAGAGUAGCCAAGGUAACGGGCUCAGCUUCUUCUCGUAUUGCAAAAAUAACACAAGAAGACAAAGAGAGUACAGAACGUGCCAAGGAGAAAGUACGCGUUGCUUGCUUAACCCUCUCAGCAGCAGUAACGCCGAUGACUUGA